AUGGAGAGCUCAUGCAUGGGUGUGAGAAUUUGGUCGGUAUCCAUGCUACUGUUUUCCCUGAUGAUCAUCACCUUGGCCUCUUCAUAUCCAAGAGAGAAUGAGGUGGACAGACUAUCCUUGCUUGCUUUCAAAUCUGAAAUAGUCAGCGAUGCUCUUGGCAUCCUAAGCUCCUGGAAUGAUACUUCCAACCUAUGUGGUGAGUGGCAAGGGAUUACCUGCGGCCGAAGACACCAGAGAGUCACGGUUUUGGACCUCCAAUCAAGCCAGCUGAACGGCACAUUAUCUUCACGUAUAGGAAACUUGAGCUUUCUGAGGACAUUAAAUCUCCAAAACAAUAGCUUCUACGCCACCAUCCCUCAAGAAAUUGGUCGAUUGUCCCGGCUGCGAAGUCUACACCUCGGUGACAACUCCUUCCAAGGUGAUAUUCCCGUCAACAUAUCUAAUUGUUUUCAUCUCCAAUAUCUUGUGUUGGCUAAUAACACUCUUAGUGGGAAACUUCCGAUGGAACUUGGCUCAUUGUUGAAACUUCAAGUACUUAGUUUGCGUAGGAACAAUUUAGUAGGGGAAAUUCCACCUUCUUUUGGAAAUCUUUCUUCUCUUGAGUAUCUUUUGAUGGAGGAGAAUAGACUGCAAGGUGGCCUCAUGAGCAGCCUUGGGAAAUUGAAAAGCUUAAGCGUUCUUGCAUUGGGUAUGAAUAAUUUGUCUGGUACCAUUCCUCCCUCCAUAUACAACCUUUCUUCAAUUCAAUACAUCUCUGUGAUUGGAAACCUACUUCAUGGAACUCUUCCUUCAGGGUUGGGCUACAGAAUAUUUCCAAACCGUCAAGUCUUUCGGUUCCAAAUGAACAUGUUCAGCGGAACAAUUCCAUCUACAAUCUCAAAUGCAUCCCACCUUUUACAAUUUGGGAUCUCCUUUAAUCAUUUUACCGGAGAAGUCCCUAGUCUGGCAAGGGUGUCCAGUCUGGUUCGUUUGGAAAUGGAUGAUAAUUUUCUUCGAAAUGAGGAUGGUGACUUGAAUUUUCUCUCCUCCCUGAUUAAUUGUACCAGUUUACAACUUUUGGAUAUUAGCGGGAAUAAUUUUCAAGGAGUGCUACCUGAAUCAGUGAGCAAUCUCUCAACAAAGCUCACAGUAAUGACGUUAGGAUGGAAUCAGCUACACGGAAGCAUUCCGAUUGGGAUCGGAAACCUCCUCAACUUGGGACUACUAAGCUUCGAAGAGAACCUAUUGGCAGACACCAUACCAACUUCAGUAUGUAAGAUAAGUAACUUGUACACUCUGUAUCUAAGUUAUAAUCAGCUAUCAGGUACUAUUCCAUCUUGUCUGGGAAACUUAACUUUGUUAAGUAGCUUAGAUCUCAAGUCAAACAAGUUGCAAGGAGGCAUACCACAGAGUCUUGGUCUAUGCAAUAAUUUGUUAGCUUUGGUUCUUGCUCAAAAUAAUCUCACCGGUUCAAUUCCACAAGAAGUCAUCAGUUUACCAUCCCUGUCACUGGUUUUGGAUUUAUCCAGUAACGAUUUUAGUGGUUACAUUCCCACUGAAGUAGGUUUCUUGAAAAAUCUUGGUUAUUUGAAGCUUUCUGGAAAUAGAUUAUAUGGUGAGAUUCCAGAAAGCUUAGGGGAAUGCGUAAGUUUAGAAAUUUUGAACCUGAGCCGAAACAUGUUGUUUGGGACAAUUCCUGAUACUCUGAGUUCUUUGAGAGGGAUUCAAGAUCUUGACCUAUCUACUAACAAAUUCUUUGGAGCCAUUCCCUAUUAUUUGCAGAGUUUCCACUUCUUGCAGAAUUUAGACCUCUCAUUCAAUUAUUUUAAAGGCGAAGUACCCAAACAAGGAGUUUUUAGGAAUACAAGUGCGGUUUCUCUCAUGGGAAAUAGAAGACUUUGUGGAGGUGUAACUGGGUUAAGAUUGCCUAAAUGUAUCACCCCCAAUCUACCCAGGCACUUGCCUAAGCCAGCUACAGCAUUAGUACAUAGGCUGGCUGUUAUCAUCAUUUCUUCCGGGGUCAUUGGAGUUAUUUGGUUAGUGUACUUUAUUCUCCUUUAUAGAUCAAGAAAAUCAGGAGUUAAGUCAGCUUCAAAACCAUCAUUGGAUAUUUCUUUCUUAAAAUUGUCAUACCGCGAUCUCCUGAAAGCAACUGAUGGCUUUUCUUCUCGCCAUUUGAUUGGUUCAGGUAGCUCUGGUUCUGUUUACUGGGGAGUUCUCGAUCAACCUGAAGAAAGAAUUGUUGCUGUGAAAGUACUCAAUCUUCAUAGUUCAAGAGCUUCUAGAAGUUUCAUAUCUGAAUGUGAAGUGUUAAAAAACAUAAGGCACCGGAAUCUUGUCAGACUAUUGACCGCUUGCUCAAGUAUUGAUUUUCAAGGGAACGAAUUCAAAGCUCUGGUUUUUGAGUUCAUGUUGGAUGGAAAUCUAGAUGAAUGGUUGCACUAUUCAGCUCAAAGAGUGGUUGGACUCCCCAUUGUGCAGCUGCAUUUGAAUCUUCUUCAGAGGGUAAACAUUGCCAUUGACAUAGCUAGUGCUCUGGAUUACUUGCAUAAUCGCUUUCACGUCCCCAUAGUUCAUUGUGAUUUGAAGCCGAGUAAUGUUCUCCUAGAAAAGGACAUGACUGCAUGCGUUUGUGAUUUUGGGUUAGCAACCUUCCUCCUAGAUACUUCUUGUCCAGUUCCUUCAGUACAGUACCCUUCCAAUUCGAUAAGGGGUACCAUUGGCUAUAUUGCCCCAGAGUAUGGCAUGGGAAGUGCGGUGUCAACACAUGGAGAUGUAUAUAGCUAUGGAAUCCUGUUACUGGAGAUGCUUACUGGUACGAGGCCAACAGACGACAUGUUUAGAGAUGACAAGAACUUGCACAAUUUUGUUCUGAUGGCUUUGCCUGAACGUGUGAAAGAAAUAUGUGAUCCGGUGCUUCUUCAAGAAAAGGAAAACUGCACAAGUACAAAUCCUGCAAGCAAUAGGAAUGAUGUCCAAUACGAUGAAACGCAAAGAAUUGAAGAUUGCCUUAUUUCCAUUGCUAGGAUAGGGGUUGCUUGUUCUGUGCAUAUGCCCAAAGCGCGUAUGGAGAUAGGGAAAGUUGUAGCUGAAUUACGUGUGAUAAGGGAUAUACUGACUGGAAACCUGGAUGCCUAG